UUUCCAAAAGUAGCGACGGCAGCUACUUCCCGUGCGCGAGCCCAGCCCAGCCCCGCUCCUUCCCGCGGCGCGCGGAGCGGAAUGAAUAAAAUGGAUGAGGCAGCUGGUGAUUUAAAACAGGCACUUCCAAAUGUGUGUGAUUCUGUGCAGAUACAUGUAGAAGUUCAUCAGAAAUCAAACAGCACCUCAAAGAAAGAAGAUAUCAGGCUGAGUGUCUUAAAGCUGCUAAACAGACAUAACAUCGUUUUUGGUGAUUACACAUGGACUGAGUUUGAUGACGGUUUUCUGAACAACAAUGUGCAGUCUGUGUCUAUUGUGGACACGGAACUAAAACUGAAAGAAAGACAGCCCAUUAACUUGAGCAAAUGCAAUCUCUUGAUUCAUAUUUUUCAUCUGAAUGACGAAGGACCAAGCACUGAAAAUCUAGAGGAAGAGAAUGAGAAUAUUGUUGCAGCCAACCACUGGGUGCUGCCUACAGUUGAAUUCCAUGGUCUUUGGGAGAGCCUUGUGUAUGACAUUGAAGUAAAAUCGCAUCUACUUGACUAUGUGAUGACAACUUUACUGUUUUCUGACAAAAAUGUUGACAGCAACCUGAUAUCUUGGAACAGAGUUGUCUUGCUGCACGGUCCUCCAGGAACUGGUAAAACUUCACUCUGCAAAGCAUUGGCUCAGAAGUUGACCAUUAGACUUUCAUACAGGUACAGGUAUGGACAGUUAAUUGAGAUAAACAGUCAUAGCCUCUUCUCUAAGUGGUUUUCUGAGAGUGGCAAACUUGUAACCAAGAUGUUCCAGAAGAUUCAAGAGUUAAUUGAUGAUAAAGAUGCUCUUGUAUUUGUACUGAUUGAUGAGGUUGAAAGUCUCACAGCAGCUCGUAGUGCUUUCCGAGCAGGCACAGAGCCUUCAGAUGCUAUCCGUGUGGUGAAUGCUGUAUUGACACAAAUAGAUCAAAUUAAAAGGUAUCCCAAUGUUGUAAUUUUGACUACUUCAAAUAUUACAGAGAAAAUUGACACGGCCUUUGUAGACAGGGCUGAUAUAAAGCAAUAUAUUGGACCUCCAUCUGCUGCAGCAGUAUUCCGAAUAUAUUUUUCGUGCUUGGAAGAACUGAUGAAGCGUCAGAUAAUAUAUCCUCGACAGCAGCUGCUGACACUCAGAGAGUUAGAGAUGAUUGGUUAUGUAGAAAAUAAUGUGUCACGACUGAGUCUCAUAUUAAAAGAAAUUGCAAGGAAAAGUGAAGGACUUAGUGGCCGUGUCCUGAGGAAACUUCCUUUUCUAGCACAUGCACUUUAUAUUCAAUGUCCUAAUGUUACAAUGGCAGUGUUUCUUCAGGCUCUUUCACUUGUAGUGGACAAACAAUUUGAAGAAAGAAAGAAACUUGCAGACUGCUUUUGACAUUCUGUUACUGUUCAACAACUGUCUAGUCUCUAUGAUAUGUUCCUUGUUACCACCGAAAACCACAUUCUUUACCACACCCCACAUACUUUUUGUUCCAUGUAUAAAGAUUGACUCAAUUUGGUUUAGGAAACUCAGGUGAUCUAGUAUUGUUUCAAAAACUUGAUUUGUAAAUAUCAAGGAUGUUUACGGUGCACCUGUUCAAAAGCUUUAUUUCGAACUCCAGUCUUGGAUACACUUCAAAACUGUUUAAUUUCUAGAAUGACCUUUUUACUCCUUCUUGUAAUUAUUAAAAAUGUUUAUCUCAA